AUGGCUAACGAGCGAGUCUUGAUUACAGGCGCAUCGGGUUACCUUGGUUCGCACAUUGUGCAAGCCCUCAUAAAUUCGGGAUACAACGUUCGGGCCACCGCGCGUCCAGCGAAAGUUGCAGACUUACAAGCUGCGUAUGAUGCCGAAUACAACACGAAUAGCUCGGACAAGGCCCAAGUCGUAGCGACAUCCGACUUGGUGCACGGCGUAUUCCCCGAGAUCUUCGAGGGCAUCGACGCACUCAUCCACGUCGCGUCUCCUCUCCCGGGACGCGAAGAGCCAGCGGCGCUGAUCGACGUCGCUGUCGAAGCGACCCAGAACAUCUUGCGACAGGCGGAGAAGGCAGGCAUCACUAGAAUCGUGGUUACCAGCUCGAUUGCCUCGACGCGGAAGGCAUCGCCGGACCCGGGUGCCUUGGUGUUAGAUACAGACUGGAAUACGACCACGAAGGAGGCUGCGCUCAAAACAGGGAACCCGCUUCUUAUAUACGCUACGUCGAAGACAUAUGCCGAAAGAGCAGUCUGGGAAUUCGCAGACGCACAUCCUCAUGUUGACAUCACAACACUGAACCCGCCGUUUUUCUACGGGCCAUUUGCUCCAACUCAGAAGUUCCCGACGUUUGAUGCCUCUGCUCUAUCCACGGCCGGGAUGCUGUAUCGACUCCUAUCACCCGAUGGUCCGUAUCCCCCGAACGCUGACCACAUCGAUGUCCGAGACGUAGCGAAAGCACACGUACUCGCCCUGAAGUCUCCUCCUUUCUCAGUUGUCGGGCGCAAGCGCAUCAUCAUCGCUUCCCCUCACGGAUUGAAUUUCGCAAGCCUCGUCGACUUCAUCGCCGAGAAACGACCAGCCUUGAAAGACAGAUUGACAGGGAAAGCUCCGCCGAAGCUGGAUAGAGACAGGGUGUCUCUUGACUUUUCUCGAGUCGAGCAGGUCCUUGGCUUGAGGAAGAGUGACUUCCACAAUCUGGAGGACACACUUCUGGAGACAAUUGAUCAACUACUGGUACUCGAGGCCGGGUGGAAGGCUUCGAAGCUAUGA